CAACUAUUUCGUCUUCAAUCUGAGUUUUUUGAGCAUUACGUCUAACUGCUAGUCUAUGCCUUAAACCUAACAGCCCUUCUCAGUUUCAACACCACCCCCCAAUUUCCCUUCAAAUAUAUUCCAUAUUUCGCCCUAACCAUUUUUUUUCCUCUCUUUUUUUUUCAUUGGGCUGAAGAUUAAAGCUUUUCUAUUGGAUUUCUUCUCUCAUGGCUUCCAAUGGUGCUUCUACGGAACAAGGAGUUAGGGAUGCUACGGAAAACAGUUUGGAAAAGAUCAAACGCCAACUGGCCUCUGGCUCCGGUAGGAACUUGCUCCAAGGUCCACUUCUCAAGCGAUCUGAGACCCUGAGGAAAUGGAAUGAAAGGUGGGUGAUAUUAGACCCUACGACGGGGAAAAUGGAAUACAAGACUAGGAGGAAUGAGCCAAGUAUUAAGGGAAUCAUCACGUUUGAUGAAAACAGCGUCAUCUCUAUGUCUCCUGUUAACUUUCAUGGACUUCCAAAGUAUGAUGGCUGUUGUUUCUAUAUUGGGACACCCCAGAAAAAGGACUACUUUCUUUGUGCAGAGACGCCUGGUGCUGCUAGAGCUUGGGUAUCAACUUUACAUGCGACACAAUUGGUUCUAAAGGCUCACAAAGAAGCUGUCAAUUCCUUAAGUGGCAACGGCUCUGCAAAAUUAGGUACAGUUGCAACAGUAGUUGCAGCUGCCAAUUCAACAGCCAAGGAAUGUUCUAAAGAAAUUGAAGCCGCAAUGCAGGUAUCCUUGAGAAAUGUUUUAGGAUUGGUGGCAAAUAGACCCACUGAUGGCCCAAUGGAUGAUUUUACAAUUAUGAAGGAGACACUACGAGUCAAGGAUGAGGAACUGCAGAAUUUGGCUCGAGAUCUUCGUGCUCGUGAUUCAACAAUAAGAGAAAUAGCAGAUAAACUUUCUGAGACUGCUGAAGCUGCUGAAUCUGCAGCAUCUGCAGCUCAUGCAAUGGAUGAACAUAGGAGGAUUGCUUGUGAAGAAAUUGAGCGCUUAACAAAAGAUUCAGAAAAACAAAGGGAAGCAUUCAUGUUAAAGCUGAGGGAGUCCGAAGAAAGGCUUGGGUUCCUAAGUGAAGAAAGGGAUCAAUUGAUCAAGCAGAGAGACUCUGCCAUGCAGGAGGCACAUAUGUGGCGUAAUGAGCUUGCAAAGGCUCGAGAGCGUGUUGUAAUAUUAGAAGCAGCAGUUCUGAGAGCAGAGGAGAAGGUCAGAGUUGCAGAAACAGAUGCUGAAGCAAGAAUAAAAGAAGCAGAGCAGAAAGAGGCAGCCGCUGUGAAGGAAAAGCAAGACCUUCUUGCAUAUGUGAAUGCGUUACAAGCACAUCUCCAAAGACAACAGAGUGACACGAAGCAAAUUUUCGAGGAAAAGAUGGAGUCGUCAAAUACUAGCAACAGUCCACCUGAUACAAAGGACGUUGAGUUGUCAGAGAAUGUAGACAAAGCUUGUCUUAGUGUUUCGAGAACAGCAUCGGUACCUGAGGAGAGCGUAGUCCACAUGGCAGCGGAUGAAGUUAACAUCCAACCAGUUGGUGAAGGUGAAUGGAGUGAUAUUCAGGCAACAGAUGCAAGAAUAGCUGAUGUAAGAGAGAUAGCCCCCGAGGCAGAGGGAAGCAGCCAUGAUAUUUCUGUUGUGAGCCCUGCAGUCAAUAACCAGCACGACCAAGGACCAAACUCUUUCCACCAGCCUUGAUAUAUACACGCACACAUAUAUAUGGAUUGUAGGGAUUUCGUGGUCGGUUAAACAGGAGAAAUGUAAAGAUUCGUGGUCUUAUGUAUGAAUUGGGCAUUCAAUCUUGCUGUUUUAAGCCUGCUAUUCUGCACCUUCAUAGCAUUUAUUUUUUUUGAAUUAUGAGAAAGCAUUGCUAUUAAUGGAUUGUCUUAAAGUUUAUAGGAUCUAUCCUUUCUACAAUUCCAGAUGUUUGUAAUGAUUUCAAUUUCUUUAUACAAUUCAAUUCCUGGAGCUUCAUUUGAAA